AUGCCACCAAUUCGCAAUAAAAACCGGAAAAAUUUAGAUGAGCAAGAGGGACGAAUCUUAUUAGCAAUUUCCGAUUUACAGAAUGGCCGAAUUCAACGUGUAGCUCAAGCUGCAAGGAUUUACGAGAUCCCCCGGACAACUUUACAAGAUAGACUCAAUGGUAUUCAACAAAGAUCUCUCGUACGCGCCAACAGCCAUAAAUUGACUCAAUAUGAAGAGGAAUCGCUUGUCAAAUGGGUGCUUGAUUUAGAUCGACGUGGAUUACCCCCCCGGCAUUCUCUUGUACGAGAAAUGGCUAAUUAUAUACUUUCACAACAUGGCAAACCACAAGUUGGAAAAAAUUGGAUAACUAAACUGAUUAAACGCCGUCCAGAGAUCGAUUCCAAAUUCGCAAGGAAAUACAACUACGAACGUGCUAAAUGCGAAGAUCCAAAGAUAAUACAAGAACAUUUUGAUCGCGUACAAGCUGCUAUAUCUGAGUACGGCAUCUUACCGGAAGAUAUAUUCAACUUUGAUGAGACUGGCUUUGCUAUGGGACUCUGUGCAACUGCAAAGGUUAUUACUGGAAGCGAUCGAUAUGCUCAGCCGAAGCUUUUACAGCCUGGAAAUCGAGAAUGGGUGACUGCAAUUGAGGCAACAAAUUCAACUGGAUGGGCUGUGCCUUCGUACGUGAUUUUCAAAGCAAAGAAAAACGUACGAGAAGGCUGGUUUGAUGAUCUUCCAGAUGAUUGGCGAAUCAAUAUUAGCGAUAAUGGCUGGACUACAGAUCAGAUAGGAUUAGAAUGGCUUAAAACCCAUUUUAUUCCCUAUAUUAAUGGUCGUACGGUUGGAAAAUAUCGAAUGUUGAUUCUUGAUGGCCAUGGAAGCCAUUUGACACCAGAAUUUGACCAUAUAUGUACUGAGAAUAAUAUUAUUCCAGUCUGUAUGCCACCUCAUUCUUCGCAUCUCUUACAGCCUCUUGAUGUUGGCUGUUUUGCUGUUUUAAAGCGACAUUAUGGGCAGCUUGUUGAGCAACGAAUGAGGCUUGGUUUCAAUCAUAUUGAUAAAAUGGACUUCUUAACAGCAUUUCCACAGGCUCGUACAGUGGCAUAUAAAGCUCAAACUAUUCGGAAUAGCUUCGCAGCCACCGGAUUAGUGCCUUUCAAUCCAGAUCGAGUUAUACAACAGCUUAAUAUUCGAUUGAAGACACCAACCCCCCCUCCAAGUCGAUCAAGCAAUACGGCAUCAUCCUGCUUACAAACACCUCAAAAUAUACGCCAAUUUAUACGCCAGUCGACUACAAUCAAUAAACGUAUAAAUGAGCGUACAGAAAGCAACCAAAAUCAAGAAAUCAAUCAGGCAGUUGUACGGUUGUCAAAAGCCUACGAAAUGAUAGCGAAUGAUGUUUUACUCGUACGGAAAGAGAACUACGAUUUACGAGCUGCACAUGAGAAAGAGAAGCAAAAGCGCCAAAAAUCUAAAAAGCAAAUAUCUAUUGAGCAAGGGGUUACUAAAGAAGAAGUGCAAGCGCUCGUACAAGGUCAGGUUGAGGCAUCCCAUGCUGUUACUACUACUCCGGCUGAGCCGGAGCUCCCAGCUUCUCAAGCAGUCGUACGCCGCCAAUAUCGCUGCAGUGAAUUAACCAAUGCCCUAGUCGUAUUAGUAGUUAGAUUUUUGUAUAUAAUUUUUACCUCGGCUAAAUCGUUUAUGCCUUGCUGUGAUUGGGUAGAUGGUAACAUUACGGCCGUACUUAGCCCUAAUUUGUCUGUCGACCUUCGUUAUUCGCGAUUUACCUGUCCGAUUAUUGUAUACAAAGGCGCUGGACUAAGAGGUUUGAAGAUUAGUGAUCGGGCCGAGUUUGUUUUGCCAAUUCUACUAGUGACAAGUUGCGCCAAAAUCCAACGUAUUGGUGUACCCCUACGUGGGUUUGUGGUACCAUACAUUCUAAGGUUUACAGGUAUACAAGGUUAUUCAGAUAGCAGAAGUACAAUGGAUAAAGAAUCAGAUACGAUCCAAGGUCCUCCCAAACCGGCCAUUGAAUAUGUCGAUUUCGAAGGCCCCGAUGACCCGUUACACCCUUUCAACUGGCCCAUAGGCAAGAGACGCUUGAUAUCAGCCAUCCUAUCCCUCUCAACAAUGUUCGUCGCCGGGACAAGCAGCAUUUUCUCCUCCGCCAUCCCCUCCAUAAUGGCCAUCCACGGCAUAAGUCGCGAAGUCGGCACCUUGGGGGUUUCAUUGUAUGUCCUCGGCUUCGCCCUUGGCCCUAUGAUAUGGGCAUCCUUCAGCGAACUGAAAGGCCGAUAUAUGCCGUUUACAAUUUCAAUGUUUGGCUUUUCGGUGUUUUGUUUUGCGACUGCUCGGUCCACGCACGACCCUGCGUCGAUUUUUAUUUGUCGAUUCUUUGCCGGAUUGUUUGGCGCUGGACCCCUGACGUUGGCUGGAGCGGUGUUUUCGGAUAUGUACCCCCCAAGAGAGAGGAAUAUUAUGAUGGUUAUGUUUUCGUUGACGGUGUUUAUUGGUCCGAUGGUCUCGCAACCUAUUGGCGGUUUUAUUGUGAUGAAUCACUCUUUGGGUUGGGUAUGGACUGAAUACCUCCCCGGUAUCCUGGGUAGUGCCGCUCUUGUGGCAGUGGUCAUAUUCCAGGAAGAGACUUAUUGGCCUGUUCUACUGGCUCGAAAAGCGGAUCGUUUACGUCGCGAGACGGGGGAUUGGUCCAUUAUUGCGAAACACGAUACGAUCAUCCUUGAGCCCAAGGUUAUUGUUAGAGAGUAUCUGCUUCUGCCGUUGAGGAUGCUCACGUCUGAUCCUAUUGUGUUGUUCAUGUGCAUAUUUGGAGCGUUCGUGUACGGUCUUCUUUACCUGUUUUUAACAGCCUAUCCAGCCGUGUUCCAAGGCGUACAUGGCAUGACACCCGGUGUCGCAGGCCUGCCCUUUUUGGCAAUUAUAGUCGGCCAAUUCAUCUUCCUCAUCAUCAUGGGCCUUGUUCAGAAACGAUGGCUCGUUCCGCGCAUAAUCGCAAACCAAGGGCAGCUGGAACCUGAAUGGAUGUUACCAAUCGCCAUACCCGGUGCAGCAUCUUUCUCAGCUGCAUUGUUCUGGUUUGGUUGGUCUGGAUAUAAGCGCAGUGUCCACUGGAUGGUGCCGACGGCUUCGGGUCUUUUCUCUGGGUUUGGUCUGUUGGCGAUGUUUGUGCCGUCGAUUUCGUAUCUUAUUCUUGCUAGGCCACAGAGAGCUGCUUCUGCUGUGGCGGCACAUACGUUCAUACGAUCCCUGUUUGGUGCUACGUUCCCUCUUUUUGCGACUUAUAUGUAUGAAAACCUAGGCAUCGAAUGGGCAAGCACUCUACUUGGUUGUUUGGCCGCAUUGAUGAUUCCCAUCCCUGUUCUGUUGUACAUCUACGGUGCAAAGAUUAGACAGAAAGUGCAGAUCGAGUAUUGA